AUGAAGCCUACAAUCCCUGCCGCCCUUUUCACGCUUCUCGCGUUUGGUACUUCAAGCCCACUACGCCGCGCCGACAACCCUCCGUACUUAAUCACAAUCGGGGACUCAACCGUCGCCUCAGACGGCGGCUGGGGCGACGGAUUCCUCUCGUUUGUCGACUCUCCAGCAGACGGUGCAAACCGCGGCAAGAGCGGCAGCACUACUGCCUCCUGGCGUGCCAAUGGGCGUUGGGAAGAUCUGGUCGAGAACAUCAACGAGACUGUUGACGACUACCAGACCAUUGUGACUAUGCAGUUCGGGCAUAAUGACCAGAAGGGAUUGUCCCUUGACGAGUACGGCGAGAAUCUUGCGGGUCUUUGCACUGAUAUCCAGGACCUCGGUGCUACUCCGAUUGUGAUUACACCCCUUUCCCGGCGAAACUUUGACGGCGACAGCGUGCAAGAAGACUUUGUCGAGUGGCGACAAAAGGCCAUCGCAGCAGCAAAGUCAGCCGGGGCCAAGUGGUUGGAUUUAACCACGGCAAGCACCGACUAUAUCAACGCUAUUGGAGCGGAUAAUGCUGCAACCUACGACUUGAGUGAUGGUGACGGCACGCAUAUCAAUACCGCAGGUCAGACUGUGUUUGGCCGUUUGGUUGCUGAUCUAUUGAUCGAGGCGCGUCCUGACGUGGAGGACUAUCUUAUUCCGAAUGAGGAGCUGAGUGAGAAGCUCUCUGCGGGAGAUUAUGCGACCGGGGAUGAGUAG